AUGGUAGUAGAUAAUAUUUUCGCAAAUGAGAAAAGAGAAGAAAUAAUUUUGAAGGUUUCUGCUUUGGGGUUGGAUCCUUCAGGUGCACGUUUGAUAACUGGUGGAUAUGACUAUGAUGUUAAGUUUUGGGAUUUUGCUGGAAUGGAUGCCUCUCUCCAAGCUUUUCGCUCACUCCAGCCUUGUGAAUGUCACCAAAUCAAAUCUUUGCAGUAUAGCAGCACAGGAGAUGUCAUUCUUGUUGUCUCUGGUAACUCUCAGGCAAAAGUUCUUGACAGAGAUGGCUUCCCAGUAAUGGAAUGCAUAAAAGGAGACCAAUACAUUGUGGAUAUGACGAACACAAAGGGUCACACAGCAAUGCUCAAUUCAGGCUGUUGGCAUCCAAAAAUAAAGGAAGAAUUUUUGACAUGUUCUAAUGAUGGAACUGUGAGGACGUGGGAUGUUAACAAUGAAAAAAAGCACAAGAGUGUAUUUAAACCACGAUCAGUUCAAGGUAAACGAGUGAUUCCUACAACUUGCACUUACAGCAGAGAUGGCAGACUUAUUGCAGCUGGCUGUCAAGAUGGCUCCAUCCAGAUCUGGGAUAGGAAUAUGAGUGUACACACAAAGUUCCACUGCAGGCAAGCCCAUGCUCCAGGCACUGACACUUCAUGCUUGACAUUUUCCUAUGAUGGUAUUGUCCUUGCCAGCCGGGGAGGAGAUGAUACUUUAAAGCUAUGGGAUAUUAGACAAUUUAAAAAGCCUCUUAAUUCAGCGGAAAGACUGCCCAGCUUCUUUCCAAUGACAGAUUGUUGUUUCAGCCCGGAUGAUAAAAUACUUGUCACAGGCACCUCUGUUAAGAAAGGUGGUGGCAGUGGGAAGCUUUUUUUCUUUUAUCGGGAGACGUUCCAGAAGUUGUAUGAGAUAGAAGUUACAGAUGCGAGUGUUGUGCGUUGCCUUUGGCAUCCCAAGCUGAACCAGAUCAUGGUUGGUACCGGAAAUGGUUUGGCCAAAGUGUACUAUGAUCCUGUCAAAAGCCAGAGGGGAGCAAAAUUAUGCGUGGUCAAAACAAAACGAAAAGAGAGACAAGCAGAGACUCUCACACAGGACUACAUUAUAACACCCCAUGCGCUUCCAAUGUUCCGUGAACCACGACAGCGAAGCACCAGGAAACAGCUGGAGAAGGAUAGGCUGGACCCCAUGAAAUCUCACAAACCUGAACCUCCAGUAGCAGGACCAGGUCGCGGUGGGCGUGUUGGAACUCACGGAGGUACCUUGUCAUCAUAUAUAGUCAAGAACAUUGCACUGGAUAAGACAGAUGAUAGCAACCCUCGAGAGGCUAUUUUACGUCAUGCAAAGGAAGCGGAGGAGAAUCCAUACUGGGUUGCUCCGGCAUAUGCUAAAACGCAGCCAAAAACAGUUUUUGCAGAAGUGGAACCAGAAGAUGAUGAAACAGACAAGCCAGAGUGGAAAAAACGUAAAAUUUGAAAAAUGUGGCUUAAAGAGUAAAUUUAGAGCAUUUGAAACAAAGGGCAGCAUGUAUUUCUUUAUUUUAGGUAGUGGAUAAAAAAUUGAAAGCAAAAAUUACUUCAGUUCAUAAAAGUUGCUGUAGUGUAAAAAGGGAUUGUUGUAUUACAUUGGAUUGUAAUCUCACAUCUGAAUUUUGUAAUAAGGAAUGAAUUAUACUGUGCAAAGAACU